AUGUGGAGCACUCGUCUGACCGAGAGAAAGAAAGUCCUAUUCUACUGUCAUUUUCCUGACCAACUACUGACUCAGCGUCACUCGACUCUGAAGCGCAUAUAUCGAGGCCCCAUCGACUGGUUCGAGGAACUGACCACAGGCAUGGCCGACCGCAUUUUGGUCAACAGCCAGUUCACUGCAGGAGUCUUCAAACAGACGUUCCCCAAACUGGCUGAGAUUCAAACCGACGUUCUUUAUCCCUCUCUGAACUCGUCAGCUUUCGAUGUUGAAGUAGAGGGCCUCAGCGGACUGCUCCCUGAGGGGCGGAGCCUCACCUUUCUGUCAAUCAACCGCUAUGAACGCAAAAAGAACCUGCCAUUGGCGCUACAAGCGUUAGCGGCCCUGAAAGAGCGUCUGUCCGCAGGGGAAUGGGAGCGCGUGCACCUCGUGAUGGCGGGGGGUUACGACGAGCGCGUGGUUGAGAAUGUAGAGCACUACGAAGAGUUGCGCUCACUAGCGUCCUCUCUAGGCCUGGAGGACCAAGUCACCUUCCUGCGCUCCUUCUCAGACAAACAAAAACUGUCUUUGCUGCACAGCAGCACUUGUGUACUGUACACUCCAAGCAAUGAACAUUUUGGCAUCGUACCCAUUGAGGCCAUGUACUCACAUUGCCCAGUUAUUGCUGUCAACUCAGGUGGACCGCUAGAGUCUGUGGCCCAUGGCGAAACAGGCUUCCUUUGCAAACCUACCCCUGAGUGCUUCUCCGAAGCCAUGCAGAAGUUUGUUAUGGACCCUAAACUCAAGCAGCGUAUGGGACUGGCUGGAAGAGAGCGGGUACAGCAGCGCUUCUCGCUGCAGGCCUUCACCGAGCAGCUCUACAGUCACAUCAUCAACCUUACCCAAUAACCAAUUAUGACAUCAUAAAGGCCAUUCUGCUUCAGAUCAGCACACAUCGGAAGCAUUCUGCCAGUCCGGUUGCCAUGGUGGGACUAAUGAAAGUAUGUCAUCUCUAAUGAAAGAAAAGAGCAGUGGGAGUUAACAUGGCUUAAGAGUUCAAUGCAAGCCUUGAAGAAUGUGGAGCACCCAUCCGACCGAGAGGUUAAUGAAUUAUUGCGCGCCAGCCACAUUGAUCAAGCGUGUCACGGCGAGGCCUGAGGACCAUAUAUGUGUAUAUUUUUUUUUAUGCCAAAGGCCUAUUAGAGAGUUCCUCGGGCAGAAAUCGAUAGAGAAGUUUUCUGUGCCCUGCUCUGUUUGCCAGUGUCUCUGCUUUUGUUUAGUGAUGACAAUGGAGGGUGUUAAGAGUUAUUAAAGUCUCAAACUAAAGAUGUUUGUUUGAGUAGAAAAAGAAAACAAGUUUUCCUAGGACACUGAAGGUCAUAUGCUGUAUUGGGUUUGAGGUUGUUACUGACUGUGUAUCUCCUCAUGCUAUUGAUACGAGACCAAAGCCCUGAUUAAAUGAGAUGCUGCUU